GGGGGCGGGCGGGGGCGCUGACCGCUGCCCGAGGCCCGGCCCUCGCCCCUCCCCCUCGCUCCGUCCCCGCGUCGCUCGCUCGCUCGCCGGCCGGGCUCACGCUCCGCCUCCGCCAGUUGGCUCCGCCGUGUGGUGCGCGGCGUGGAGAGGGAGCCGGGCUGGACGCGCGGCGGGGCUGGGGGCUGGGAGCGCGGCGCGCACAGCCUCCCCGCGCGAGAUCGGCGCCCGCCUCCGGGCGAGGCCCGCGCCGCGAUGGCAGAGAUGGGCAGCAAGGGGGUGACGGCGGGAAAGAUCGCCAGCAACGUGCAAAAGAAGCUCACCCGCGCGCAGGAGAAGGUCCUCCAGAAGCUGGGGAAGGCGGAUGAGACAAAGGACGAGCAGUUUGAACAGUGUGUCCAGAACUUCAACAAGCAGCUGACCGAGGGUACCCGGCUGCAGAAGGAUCUCCGGACUUACCUGGCCUCUGUGAAAGCCAUGCACGAGGCCUCCAAGAAGCUGAACGAGUGUCUGCAGGAGGUGUACGAGCCCGACUGGCCUGGCAGGGAUGAGGCAAACAAGAUCGCAGAGAACAACGACCUGCUGUGGAUGGAUUACCACCAGAAGCUGGUGGACCAGGCGCUGCUGACCAUGGACACGUACCUGGGCCAGUUCCCUGACAUCAAGUCACGCAUCGCCAAGCGGGGGCGCAAGCUGGUGGACUACGACAGUGCCCGGCACCAUUUUGAGUCCCUUCAAACGGCUAAAAAGAAGGAUGAAGCCAAAAUCGCCAAGCCUGUCUCGCUGCUUGAGAAAGCCGCCCCCCAGUGGUGCCAAGGCAAACUGCAGGCUCAUCUCGUAGCUCAAACUAACCUGCUCCGAAAUCAGGCCGAGGAGGAGCUCAUCAAAGCCCAGAAGGUGUUUGAGGAGAUGAAUGUGGAUCUGCAGGAGGAGCUGCCUUCCCUGUGGAACAGCCGCGUGGGGUUCUAUGUCAACACAUUUCAGAGCAUUGCUGGUCUGGAGGAAAACUUUCACAAGGAGAUGAGUAAGCUCAACCAGAGUCUCAACGAUGUGCUGGUCAGCCUGGAGAAGCAGCACGGGAGCAACACCUUCACUGUCAAGGCCCAGCCCAGUGACAACGCCCCUGCAAAAGGAAACAAGAGCCCCUCGCCUCCGCCCGAUGGCUCCCCUGCCGCCACCCCCGAGAUCAGAGUCAACCACGAGCCAGAGCCUGCUGGGGGGGCUGCCCCUGGGGCUACCCUCCCCAAGUCCCCGUCUCAGCUCCGGAAAGGCCCACCAGUCCCUCCGCCUCCCAAACACACCCCGUCCAAGGAGGUCAAGCAGGAGCAGAUCCUCAGCCUGUUUGAGGACACGUUUGUCCCUGAGAUCAGCGUGACCACCCCCUCCCAGUUCGAAGCCCCGGGGCCUUUUUCGGAGCAGGCCAGUCUGCUGGACCUGGACUUUGACCCCCUCCCGCCCGUGGCAAGCCCCGCGAAGGCACCCACGCCCUCUGGUCAGCCAAUUCCGUGGGACCUCUGGGAGCCCACAGAGGGUCCAGCUGGCAGCUUGCCUUCCGGGGAGCCCAGUGCUGCUGAGGGCACCUUUGCUGUGGCCUGGCCCAGCCAGACGGCCGAGCCGGGGACUGCCCAACCAGCAGAGGCCUCAGAGGUGGCGGGUGGGACCCAACCUGCGGCUGGAGCCCAGGAGCCCGGGGAGACAGCGGCAAGUGAAGCAGCUUCCAGCUCUCUUCCUGCUGUCGUCGUGGAGACCUUCCCAGCAACUGUGAACGGCACUGUGGAGGGUGGCAGCGGGGCUGGGCGCUUGGACCUGCCCCCGGGCUUCAUGUUCAAGGUGCAGGCCCAGCACGACUACACGGCCACAGACACGGACGAGCUGCAGCUCAAGGCUGGCGACGUGGUGCUGGUGAUCCCCUUCCAGAACCCGGAAGAGCAGGAUGAAGGCUGGCUCAUGGGUGUGAAGGAGAGCGACUGGAACCAGCACAAGGAGCUGGAGAAGUGCCGCGGUGUCUUCCCUGAGAACUUCACCGAGCGGGUGCAGUGACGGAGGGGCCCGCGUGGCCUCCGGGCAUGUGAAGAACACCUCUUCCCGAAAAAUGUGUGGUUCUUUUUAUUUUUAUUUUUUUCGUUUUUGUUUUUAAACUUUUGCGAAACAAAGGGAAAUCGAGAGGAGAGACCGCAGAGGUAUUCUCCCGGGGACUGGGUGGUUUUCCAGAGAGCCCCGUCCCGCAAGUCGGUGGAAUUCGCCAGUGUUCCUGGAGCUGCUGUGUCCCCUAGUUGAGUUCCUGGCACCCCUGCCCGCGCCGCAUGUGUGCCCGGCCGCAGGGCGGGGCGGGGGCUGCCAGCCCCACGCUUGCCUGAAGCUUCGGCCGUGUCACCGGGCAAGGGUCCUCUUUUCCUGGCAGCUGCUGUGGGUGGGGCCAGAUGCCAGCCCAGCCUGGCCCUGCCCCGCAGACGGUCUGUGUGCUGUUUGAAAAUAAAUCCUAGUGUUCGAAACAAGACGAAACAAAAAGCUGACAAAAACACUCAGAAAA